UCGUAACGGCCGAGCGCGCGAAAGUGGGAGUGACGUCAUUGUGUCGACGAUUGACGUCACGAGGCGGUGUAGUUGAGACGGGUGACGUCACGAAGCGGUGAGGUUAAGACGGGUGACGUCACGAGGCGGUGAGGUUGAGACGGGUGACGUCACGAAGCGGUGAGGUUAAGACGGGUGACGUCACGAGGUGGUGAGGUUGAGACGGCGGGGACGCGUCGCCUUCCCUGAGGCUGCUCCUGCUGCUGUGGCGAGGCUGCUGCUGGUGAGGCUGCGGCUGCGGCUGCUGUUGUGAGGCUGCUGCUGUUGUGGCGAGGCUGCUGCUGGUGAGGCUGCGGCUGUUGUGGCGAGGCUGCUGCUGCUUCUGCUGCUGCUGGCGAGGCUGCGGCUGCUGUUGAGGCUACUUCAGCUCCCGCUCCGCCGGAGUCUGCGCGCGCUGUGUGACUACAGCCGCCCAACUGCGGCGCCACCACCACCACCACCUGGGCCACCCCCGAGUUCAAUUCCCGCCAACGGCAACAUCGGCGGGAGGAAGUCAUGGCGUGCAGGAUCCCCGCCGAGCAGGCGCUGGCUGCCUGGCAGCAGCAGCACGUUGCCGCCGCCUGCCCCUCCGACGGCGCGGCCCGGCGUGCCGACGCACGCCGCGGGCACCUUCGCCUCCUCCACGUGGGGCUGGCGGCGGGGGCGCUAGCGGAGUCUGCGGCGGCGCGGCUCUUCGGCGAGCACGCCAACCGCUACGCCGCCAUCCUCGACGCACCCGACGACAGGAACGGGCUCAACAACUACGCGGAGAGCGCGCUGCAGCUGGCGGCGGGGCCAGCCGGCGAGAGCGACCGGUGGCGGUCGGCGCUCGGCUCCGACGGCGUCUUUCAGUUGGAGUGCGUCAAGGCCUUCGUGAGCGCCAGCGACGGCACCCGUGACGGACGCGAUACUAGCGGAGUGGAGGACUGCGUCGCGGGUUCCACGGGCGCGCCAGAACACCGGCGCCCCCGCGACCCGACUACCAGCACGCUAGCACCUACAGGGCCCUCGCCGUGCUCUACAGACACCAAGACAUUUGUCGCUGGUGCCGUGUGCUCCGACUCGUGUAAGGAAGACGGAGCGUCUGUGGUGAAUGCGGAGGCUCCCUCGUCCCUUUUGCCAGGGUUGUAUAAACAGGCACCUAGGUUACCAGCGUUUCCAUUUCAUAACCCCACAUUGUGGAUUAAUAAGGCGGCAGCUACGACUGCGACCAGCGCUGCGAUGAAGCGCAAGGGCCUGUACGUGUUCAACGAAGACAAUGGUGGAGCUCACCCCGGCGGAUCGUCCACUUGCAAUCCGAACAGCAGUCACGCGGAGAACGAGAGGGUCACCGACUGUGAUGCCAGUGGACCAAUUUCAAGCAACAGCUUCAAGUCGGCCAGGCAGCAGCUGGCCAUUGAGCAGCAGAAAAAGUACUGUAACCAAAACAGAGCUUGUGCGCCUCAGGCGUCCGCAAAGAAAUCUUUAGGAACCUCUAAGCCUAGAGGGCCUUACGGGAAGUUUGUAUCCCCGGUACUCAGGGAGGAUGGAAGCGAGAGCACGGGGCAGUGCCCGCGGGGACAGAAUGGUGAGCCGUCAGAAAUAAUUGACGAGCGCUUGAAAAACAUUGACCCCAAGAUGGUGGAGCUCAUCAACAACGAGGUCAUGGACCACGGGCCCCCUGUGAGCUGGGAUGACAUCGCGGGGCUGGAUUUUGCAAAGGCGACCAUCAAAGAGAUCGUGGUCUGGCCCAUGCUGCGGCCAGACAUUUUCACGGGGCUGCGGGGCCCACCGAAGGGCAUCCUUCUGUUCGGGCCGCCGGGAACAGGCAAGACUCUGAUCGGGAAGUGCAUCGCCAGCCAGUCUGGUGCCACCUUCUUCAGCAUCAGCGCCUCUUGCCUCACCUCUAAGUGGGUGGGCGAAGGCGAAAAGAUGGUGCGUGCGCUGUUUGCCGUGGCGCGCUGCCGCCAGCCGUCCGUCAUCUUUAUCGACGAGAUCGACUCGCUGUUGAGCCAGCGCGCGGACGGGGAGCAUGACUCGUCUCGCCGCAUCAAGACCGAGUUCCUGGUGCAGCUGGACGGCGCCACCACCGCACGGGACGAGCGCGUGCUGCUUGUCGGCGCCACCAACCGGCCGCAGGAAAUCGACGAGGCGGCACGGCGCCGGCUCGCCAAGCGCCUUUACGUGCCCCUGCCGGACGCGGCGGCACGGCGCUGCCUGCUGGAGCGGCUGCUGGCGCCGCAGAGCUGGCAGCUGAGCGCGGAGGAGCUGGCGGCCGUGGUGGAGCGCAGCGAGGGCUUCUCGGGGGCUGACGUGACGCAGCUGUGCCGCGAAGCGGCGCUCGGGCCAAUCCGCGCCGUGCCGGACAUCACCACGGUGGAUGCCCUGCAGGUGAGGCCCAUCCUUAUACAAGACUUUGCCCAGGCUCUGCAGGUGGUGAGGCCGUCCGUCUCGCCCCGUGACCUCGACUUGUACGUCGAGUGGAACCGCACCUUCGGCUGUGGCCAGUGAAUGCUCAGAGCUACAGCUUUGUGAUGAUGUACAAUCUUCAUGGCCUCUACAGCACAGGAGGGAAAACCGCUUGAUAUACACUUCAUAAAAUGAAUACAACUGCGAAAAUAAAUAACAGUUUAAUGUUUUCAAUUCGCGAUUGUGUAUAAAACAAGGCGCUCGUGAACAGGUUUUCACUUAACUGUGGACGAUGUAUGACUAUUGUCAAGCUAUCAGUUCGAAUCAGUGAAUUACUUUAAAUCUUUAAUUUAACAAAACAGUUUACUUUUACCGCAGCUGUUGUGCUAUAUUCUUGACUCCCCAAUGUCAGUUCUGUCGUUGGCACACUCGACUCACAAUCAAAAGGUAAAAAAAUUGGAAUGCUGUUUAGAAUGGACUCGGCUCAGUGCUACCGAGGUUGGUAAAUAACGACCACUUUGUUCAAAGCCAACCGUGUCAUUCUAUGGAGACUGUCUCCCAGAACAGGAAUGUGGAAUUUCCUCCACCACUGGCUAAAUUUCGCCAACCGAGAUGGGCAUCGACUAACACCAGUUGAACAGGGAGACACUUUUGACCUGACGGUGGGAUGGGUAGAUGUCGAGUACCAUCAAGGAUGCCAAAUGAUUUAACAGUACAUACCUUGCUAAUGAGACUCAUUUCGAUAACAUUGCCUUUUUAAUAGACUCUUCAGAUACAUUCAUAUUUGUCAAAGCUGAUAUGCUUAUGUACGAAACAUGUAUUUCCCUGCAGAACAUACAAUCCCUAUAUACGGUGAUUCUUCUUCCAGAAAUUUUACAAUCAAAAACACUUGACAAAAGUGAAUGUUUUUUUGGGAAUUUGUCAUGCAGGACAGUAUUAUUCAUUUGCAACUGGUGUAUUGUGGAUUUGGCCACAUGGUAUUUUAAAGAGAGCAUUCAGUUAUAAAGAGCUCUGACUUCUUGUUGCUCUGGCUACAACCUCCGCCUUGUGUAGCUAACCUUUUGUGUUUGAUUACUUCUCCAAUGGCUGCAAUGUAAAGAGCAAUUUCCAGUUACUCAGGUACAUGCUUUGAGAUAAAAACCUUCAUCUUAGGAGAGCAUCACUGAGAUUGCACGAUUCAUUUUGAAGAUGGUUUUGCAUAACCGGGGCAAUAGUAGCUACGCAUGCCUGUAAUCCACCACUGUGGAGGCAAGGGUUCCUGGAUCACAGUUGCUGUGAAACUCCUUUCCUGCGGCCGCCGAGGGCCAUAUCCUGGCUUGCAAGAAGGCGGUAUAGCAACUGUGGACAUAUUUGCAUCUGUUCUAUCUGUAUGGGAUAGAACGUUGCUCCCACACGUCUAGAUUGUCAGGGUGCUCUGAUUUCGCAUCACAUGUAUAAACACUUUAAUUGGCUGAAAACAUCUUGAUAUAUAGAGUACCACAGAGCUUUGGCAAUUGUUGAUACUAGCUCACCCCCUCCCUGCCUUUCUAUUUGUGAUUCCUCGCGCAUUACUAAUUGUAGUGUUAUUGAGAUGCAAUUUGCUUAAAUGCUGUGUAAAAAUAAAAUGUAUAACUCAAACUCCAAAGUUAGACGCCUACUUCUUGUACUGCCAUCUUGCUCAAUUUCUCACACAUCACCCUGCCUCCAAGUUCCGAACCCAAUAAUAGCAGCACUUUGACUAUUAAACGACAGGGAAGUUAUUUGAAAAUUGUUUUUAUGGAAACCCGAAAAGAUGAAUGCUUGGCAGUUUUAGGAGUCUUCAGGAAUCUGCCCACUCUGAACAUGCAGCUCAUCAAGAAACCAGUGCAGUGGGUGAAUUAUGCGUUGAUCAGUUUCAUUCAGACGGCACUGAUACGUAUAUUUAUUUUUUGAACGUGUAUUUGUCUUGCUUUUAUGCUGAAUGACCUCUAGAUAUGUUUACAUUGUUGUUAGUCCAUUAUAUGUGGCUUACAAUAUCCCCCACCAUGUAUACAAGUCAUGUGUUGUUUUUUCGUAUACGAGUGAUUCUGCAGUACGGUGUUGAUCCAAUUGCCCCACGACAGAAUGGACUGGUUUGUUUGGCGAUGUGGACGUUCCCCUCCCCAUGUAUUUUCUAUUCCCCUGCUUUACGUUUGUAGGCAAAGAUGUAAGUUUGAAAAAUGAAUAAAAUUUAGAAAACA